GGGAGCCGCUGUCCCGGGCCUGGCGAGUGCGCGUCCGCCGGCUGAACCUGGGCACCGCCGCUCGCCUGGGCACGGGACUGGGCGGGGGCGCUGACCUCGGCCUAGGAGGCCUGGGAUCCCGGAGCCGCCCGCGCCCGCGGGGACCUGCGAGUUGCACGCCCUCUCCCAGCCUGUGCUGCUCGCGGCUACUCGGCGGGGCGAGGCCAGGUGCCCCCCUCUUCCCCUUCCUUCCCUCCCUCCCCCACUCCGGUGUCCGCGGGAGAUCCCGCCCGUCCGCCCCCCUCCCGCAGAGGUGUAGCCCGCUGCGGAGCUGACAGCGGCCCCGCAGCCACCCUGUCCAAACUCUCCGGAAGCGGCCGGAGCAGACCCGGGGCUCAGGCCGCCGCAGCUCCGGCGGACCCACUGUUGGACCGGAGGCACCCGCCCUCCUCCCGCGCCCAAACUUGGAGCACUUGACCUUUGGCUGUCGGAGGAGGCAGGCCGGCGGCUGGCUGGACAGCUGCGGCGCCUCGAGGGCAUCUUGCCUGGGGUUCCAGGACUGUCGGCUAUACUUCUGGGCUCCCGGCUUUGCCUCUGGGAUCCCGAGGUGUCCACAUCAGGCGCAUGUUGACUGAGACCUAGAGUCAUGGAUGUGUGCGCCCGUGUUGCCCUGUGGCUCCUCUGGGGGCUCCUCCUGCAUCACGGCCAGAGCCUCAGCCAUAGCCACAGCGAGAAGGGUACAGGAACCGGCUCAGGGGCUAGUUCUGAGGAGUCCACUGCAGCAGAGUUUUGCCGGAUUGACAAGCCCCUGUGCCACAGUGAGGAUGAGAAGCUCAGCUUUGAUGCAGUCCGCAGCAUCCACAAGCUGAUGGACGACGAUGCCAAUGGUGACGUGGAUGUAGAAGAAAGCGAUGAGUUCCUGAGGGAAGACCUCAAUUACCAUGAUCCGACAGUGAAACACAGCACCUUCCAUGGUGAGGAUAAGCUCAUCAGUGUGGAGGACCUGUGGAAGGCAUGGAAGUCUUCAGAAGUGUACAACUGGACUGUGGAUGAGGUGGUGCAGUGGCUGAUCACGUACGUGGAGCUGCCUCAGUAUGAGGAAACCUUCCGGAAGCUGCAGCUGAGUGGCCAUGCCAUGCCGAGGCUUGCUGUGACCAACACCACCAUGACAGGGACUGUACUAAAGAUGACAGACCGGAGCCAUCGGCAGAAGCUGCAGCUGAAGGCCCUGGAUACAGUGCUAUUUGGGCCUCCUCUCUUGACCCGCCAUAAUCACCUCAAGGACUUCAUGCUGGUGGUGUCGAUCGUUAUUGGCGUGGGUGGCUGCUGGUUUGCCUACAUCCAAAACCGUUACUCAAAGGAGCACAUGAAGAAGAUGAUGAAGGAUCUGGAGGGGUUACACAGAGCUGAGCAGAGUCUGCAUGACCUUCAGGAAAGGCUGCACAAGGCCCAAGAGGAGCACCGCACAGUGGAGGUGGAGAAGGUACAUCUGGAGAAGAAGCUGCGUGAUGAGAUCAACCUUGCCAAGCAGGAAGCCCAGAGGCUGAAGGAACUGCGGGAGGGUACUGAGAAUGAGCGGAGCCGCCAAAAAUACGCAGAGGAGGAGUUGGAGCAGGUUCGGGAGGCCCUGAGGAAAGCAGAGAAGGAACUGGAAUCACACAGCUCAUGGUAUGCUCCAGAGGCCCUUCAGAAGUGGCUGCAGCUGACCCACGAGGUGGAGGUGCAGUACUAUAACAUCAAGAAGCAAAAUGCUGAGAAGCAGCUGCUGGUGGCCAAGGAAGGGGCUGAGAAGAUAAAAAAGAAGAGAAACACACUCUUUGGCACCUUCCACGUGGCCCACAGCUCUUCCCUGGAUGAUGUGGAUCACAAAAUCCUCACUGCGAAGCAAGCUCUGAGUGAGGUGACGGCAGCACUGAGGGAGCGCCUGCACCGCUGGCAGCAGAUUGAGAUCCUCUGUGGCUUCCAGAUUGUCAACAAUCCUGGCAUCCACUCCCUGGUGGCUGCUCUCAACAUAGACCCCAGCUGGAUGGGCAGCACGCGCCCCAACCCUGCCCACUUCAUCAUGACCGACGACGUGGAUGACAUGGAUGAGGAGAUUGUGUCACCCUUGUCCAUGCAAUAUGCUGCCUGGCUGAUGGGGCGUAGGUUCAGUGACCGCUCUCUCUGCUCAGCAUCCGCCGGCUCGGAUGAUCAGUCCCUCUGGAAAUACCCGGCUCCCACCCUGCAGUGCAGUGUCCGGCAGCGCCUGACAGAACCACAGCACGGCCUGGGAUCUCAGAGGGAUUUGACCCUUUCCGAUUCGGAGUCCUCCCUCCACAUGAGUGACCGCCAGCGUAUGGCCCCCAAGCCUCCUCAGAUGGUCCGUGCUGCAGAUGAGGCCCUCAACGCCAUGACCUCCAAUGGCAGCCACCGGCUGAUUGAGGGGGUCCACCCCGGGUCUUUGGUGGAGAAACUGCCUGACAGCCCUGCCCUGGCCAAGAAGGCACUACUGGCGCUGAACCAUGGGCUGGACAAGGCCCACAGCCUGAUGGAGCUGAGCCCCUCAGCCCCACCUGGUGGCUCUCCACUUUUGGAUUCUUCCCGUUCUCAUAGCUCCAGUUCCCCAGACCCAGACACACCAUCUCCGGUUGGGGACGGCAGAGCCCUGCAGGCUAGCCGAAAUACACGCAUUCCCCAUCUGGCUGGCAAGAAGGCUGUGGCUGAGGAGGAUAAUGGCUCCAUUGGUGAGGAGACAGACUCCAGCCCAGGCCGGAAGAAGUUUCCCCUCAAAAUCUUUAAGAAGCCUCUUAAGAAGUAGUCAGGAUGAGAGUGGCAGUGGCGGGACAGCUUGCCCUUCCCUGGUCUUCUGCCUCUCUUUCUUCCCCUUCCAAGAUCCCUGGCCCCUAGAGUGGGGCAUGGGAGGGGCUGGCCCAGGGGCCUUGGCACUGUACAUACCUGCCCCCCUCAUCCUUGGGUCCUUCAACAUUAUUUAUUAACUGACCACCAUGGCCUGCCUGCCCUGCCCUCCCACCCACGGGCUGCCGCUGCCACUCCCUCUCUACUUCAGUGCAUGUCUUAGUUGCUGUCCCCUCAGCUCCCAGCUCCACUUCUGGGGUCCAGCUUCUGUCUCUGCUGUCCCAGUUUUGAAGUUUGGUUUCUUGUUUCUCUGUGUUUCCUGCUUUCAGGCUCCUCCCUCCCACCACUCCGCAACUUCCCCUAGCAGCUUGGGGGGGGGGGGGAAGAUAGGAGGAGUAACUUCUGACGUCUGUGCCUCAGACCUGUUCCACCCCAUCUACGAUGGUUCUGUUUGCCUCAGACUGGGGCGGGCCUAGGGUCUAUUGCUUGAGGUUUGUUCUUUGGGAGUGUGGUGGGCCAGAAGGAAACUUGGCCUGGAGCUCUCUUGAGCCUCUAGGGGUCCAUGGGGGAGUGGAACACAUUCCCAGAGAAUAAGCUACUAGAGAAUUUUGAAGAGAGGCCAGGCUAGGGGGUAGGUUGGGAGAGACUCCUCUUAGUUGGAGCAUGAGUAGAUGCCAGAGUUGUGGGCUAUAAGGUAGUCACCUUUUCUCUCUUCUCUCACCCACACCUGCGUCUUUCUUAUCCCUGCUCCCCCACACUGCAGGAGGGUUUGACUAUAAGAGGUGCUGCCCAAAUGCUCCCCCAAGCAUCAGUACUCCUGGAGCUCAGGACAAAUGGCUCCCCUGGCCAUGGGAGUCUCAGCCAUGAUACAGGGCUCAAAUGGGGCCCUGAAGUGGUUGGGCAGGAUAUUGUUGCAUUUGAACCAAAAAACAUUUUUAAAUUGAAAAAAUAAAUCUCCUGAAUUUCCCAAGUGCCUGCACCACAUACUCCCCUUGUCAGACCCCAUUUUCAUGUUACUGCAUAGCUUGGGCCAGAGGCUCAAAAAGGACACAGCUGGUUUAGGGAAGGGGGUGGCUAAGGAAGAUGUAGGUGAAGGCAGCUGUGUGACCUCUUCCCCCACACCCUUCCCACCCUCUAGACAAGUCUCUCCCUUACCUGUUUUUGCUAUGGCUGUAAAGGUAUUUUUCUGUUGCCCCACUCCCUCCCAUGCCUUUACUCUGGGAUCCUAUUUGGGGCCUGGGGUGCAGGCACCUGGGGCUGGUCUUAGGAGGGUGCUAGGCUGCAGACUGCCUUGUACCCCCUGGGCACCCUCACAUGGGUUUUUCUGUGUUAUUUCAUAAGACUCUUUGAAGUCCAAUAAAGCAUGUAGGACAUUUUAA